AUGGCAACUACAAAUAAUGUGACUGAGUUGAUUAUCACUGGUCUUUUUGAGGAUCCAGAGGUGCAGAGGGUGUGCUUUGCAGUGUUUCUUCCUGUGUACCUGGCCACAGUGGUGGGCAAUGGCCUCAUUGUUCUGACGGUCAAAGUCAGUCAGAGUCUGCAUUCCCCCAUGUACUUCUUCCUGAGUUACCUGUCCCUGGUAGAGAUCAGCUACUCCUCUACUGUUGCCCCCAAGUUCAUCGCAGACUUGCUUUCCAAGGUUAAAACCAUCUCCCUGGAGGGCUGUGUGGCUCAGAUAUUCUUCUUUCACUUCUUUGGCGUUGCUGAGACUUUCCUGCUCACAGUAAUGGCCUAUGACCGCUAUGUGGCCAUCUGCAAACCCCUUUACUACACAGUCAUCAUGAGCCAGGCUGUGUGUCACCGUCUGGUGGCUGGUUCCUGGCUGGGGGGCUUUUUUCACUCCAUGGUUCAGAUUAUUGUCACUCUCCAGUUGCCCUUCUGUGGUCCCAAUGUGAUUGACCACUACUUCUGUGACCUCCACCCCUUAUUCAAGCUCGCCUGCACUGACACCUCUGUGGAGGGGCUUAUUGUCUUGGCCAACAGUGGAUUACUCUCUAUCUUCUCCUUCCUCAUCUUGGUGUCCUCCUAUAUCGUCAUCCUGGUCAACUUGAGGAACCAUUCUGCAGAGGGAAGGCGCAAAGCCCUCUCCACCUGUGCCUCUCACAUCACGGUGGUCGUGUUGUUCUUUGGACCUGCCAUCUUCCUCUACAUGCGGCCCCCUUCCACCUUCACCGAGGACAAACUGGUGGCCGUGUUCUACACGAUGGUCACCCCCAUGCUGAACCCCAUCAUCUACACCCUCAGAAAUGCAGAGGUGAAAAUUGCCAUGAAGAGAUUGUGGGGUGAGAAAGUGAACUCAGGGGUGGAACAAUAA